GCCGGGCAGUGGGCUGAGCGUGGGACUGCAACCCGUGAGGGAGCGCGGCGUCUGCGGCCCGAGGUUUACCUGAGGAGGCCUGAGGUCCAGGUCCGCGCAGGUAGGCUGGGCGGCGGCCUGGCCCCACCGGAUGCCAGCCCCUGGAGGACCUGGGCUCGACGCUUGGGCUUUCGGCACUCCGCUCGCCAGCGCAGGGCGAGCCAUGUCUGAGCUAAGCGAUGAAGCCAGUGAGCCGGAACUUCUGAACCGCAGCUUGUCCAUGUGGCAUGGGCUGGGCACGCAGGUCAGCCGGGAGGAACUGGAUGUCCCCCUGGACCUUCACACAGCAGCUUCCAUCGGCCAGUAUGAGGUAGUGAAGGAGUGGGUGCAGCGGAGAGAGUUAGACUUGAAUAAGAAGAACGGUGGUGGCUGGACCCCUCUGAUGUAUGCCUCCUACAUUGGACAUGACACCAUUGUGCACCUGCUGCUCGAGGCAGGUGUGAGUGUGAAUGUUCCCACCCCAGAAGGGCAGACUCCUCUGAUGCUGGCCUCCAGCUGUGGCAACGAGAGCAUCGCCUACUUUCUGCUCCAGCAAGGCGCAGAGCUCGAGAUGAAAGACAUCCAGGGCUGGACCGCACUUUUCCACUGCACCAGUGCUGGGCACCAGCAGAUGGUCAAGUUCCUCCUGGACAGUGGUGCCAAUGCCAACGUGAGGGAGCCCACCUAUGGAUUUACGCCUUUGAUGGAAGCCGCUGCUGCUGGCCACGAGAUAAUCGUGCAGUAUUUUCUGAGUCAUGGAGUUGAAGUGGACACAAGAGACCACAGUGGGGCCACAGCCCGGAUGCUGGCCAGGCAGUACGGACACAUGAAGAUCGUGGCCUUGAUCGAUACACAUUCACCUGCUCGGCCCCAAAGCCUCUACCGCAGCCCAGGUACCUGCCGCUGUGCUCUGAUAGAGUUGGGCUGCCCUGCCAGCCCCACAUGCUAUUGUGGAGUUGUGGAAAAAUUUGAAGAUCUGAGCUCUUCAGACGAAUCGUGCCCUGUUCCACAGAGACACCGGCCCUGUCGAAAGGGUCUUAGCAUCCACGAGGGACCACGAGCCCUGGCCAGGAUCACAGCAAUCGGACUUGGAGGCAAGACCCCGCAGCCCAGCUAUGAGCAGGGGCUGCCACGGGGCUACCUGACCUUCACCGGCAGCGAUCCCCUGGAGGGCGAUGGCUUCUGCUACCGGGACGUCACCUCCCCCAUCAACGACCGAGACGUGGAGAGCAGCAGCAGCAGCAGCCGGGAGGAGCCUGCUGUCUGCGUCAGUCUUGGGGCUGUGUGGAGCAGCAGCAGCAAGGGCCCGGGGAGAGCCCAGGAGCUCAGCAGCGAAGCCUCUGUGGAGAGCAAUGAGGACUCGGACCACACCCAGAGAAGCUCUGCUCGCAAACAAACCAAAAGUUACGUGAAGACCAAGAAUCGCCAUGGCAGCAGUGACGGCCAGGGGCUGCCCAGCCCUGGUGGGGCUGCCCGGUCCCCAGAGUCUGCCUCCCGGACAGAGAAGCCCCCCUACUCAGGACCCCAGGACCUGGCCACGCUGCUGGAGCAGAUUGGGUGUCUGAAGUACCUGCAGCUGUUUGAGGAGCAGGACGUGGACCUGCGCAUCUUUCUCACGCUGACGGAGAGCGACCUCAAGGAGAUUGGCAUCACGCUGUUUGGACCCAAAAGAAAGAUGACCUCUGCCAUUGCUCGCUGGCACAGCAGUGCCCGUCCCCCCAGUGAUGCCCUGGAACUAGCUUAUGCCGACCGGCUGGAGGCUGAGAUGCAGGAGCUCGCCAUCCAGCUGCACAAGCGCUGUGAGGAGGUGGAGGCCAUGCGUGGCCAGGUGUCUCAGGAGCAGGAGCUGCGGGCCGUGGUAGAGAGCUGCCUGCUGGAGCAGGAUGACACCCGCAAGGACGUGCACACCCAGCUAGAGGUGACCCAGGCCCUAGCCCAGGAUGCCACCCUCAUCCUGGACCGGCUGCGAGCCUGUCAAGCUGAGCUGUCAGACCGAGUGAGGCAAGACCCUCCUGCCCGCAUAGCUGCAGCGGUCCCCGCACCUCGGCCAGCAGGCUCGGAAGGCUGGCAUGCGUCCCUGUGGGCCUUGAGUCUCCCCGAGCUGUUGGGAGCCUUUGAAGACGGAGUUCAGGAGAUGGGGCGCGUGCUGGGCUCCGUGACCCAGAGUCUGGAGAAGCUGCAGGCGCUCAACGGGAAGGAGAAGUGGCGAGUACCCUAGCCUGGGAGAAGGGACGAAAUGACGUCGGGUGAGCUAUCCACCCUGAAGUGAGCCAGCAAGACAGAAGGGCAGCAAGGAGGUGGCUGCAGUAGCCCUGGUCCUAGAGAGGCCAGGGUCGUCCAGGGGGCCCGAUGCAGACAGGGCAAGGCUGUGGCCUGCACCAGGCAGCUCAGGCCAGCACAGAGGCAGGACGAGGGCCUUGGACCUGAGUCCCAGUGGUAAGGCCCUAAGCUUGGGGGCUGCUCUGGCCCAGACCAGGCACGGGUGUGGGGGAGACGGCGCAUCCCCAGAAACACAGGUCCCACACUGAGGUUUGACCUUUUAUGGGUCCAAGGACUGGGACACCCAGAAAGUGUCAUUUGUUGGAAAAUAAAAUGAAACACCUA